UGCUCCCGACUUCUGCAAUUGGGCCUGUCACCAGCGCAUUGCUUCCCUCCUCUAGUGGACAAUCAAGUGAUGGCUUGCUGCCGACCUCUGUCAUUGGCCCUGUCACCAGCGCAUUGCUUCCCUCCUCGAGCGAUCAGUCAAGCGGCGAUCUACUUCCGACAUCGGUGGUCGGAUCCCUUACAGACUCAUUGCUUCCCACUGUGACCCCUAGCAGCGGACUGCCUCUUACCUCGCUACUCUCAGAUAUAUCCUCCGUUCCCACCAGCGGCUUGCCAACGACAGUACCAUCUGUCACACCCACGAACACUCCUUCUUAUAGUGCAACGCCCACAAGCUCUGGUCCAGUUCCGACCGCAAUAACCUUCCCGUCUAAUAGCCCCAUGAGCCCGAUGACCAGUCAACCAACCACCAUCACUAAUACGAAUUAUAUGUACCUUACAAGUGUGACAUCGCUGCUGCUCGACACACCAACCCACACCUCGACUCUGCAGUUGACUAACCCUGACCAAGCAGCUACAACACUGACAAUCGCUUCGGCAGCUCCUACUAGUUCGCCUUCCACUCCUCCUCUCCCUAGUGGUUUGCCGAGUGUUAUUUUACCUCAACCACAGCUCAAUCUCAGCCUGGUUCCAACUGAUUAUACACUCAUCAAUGUUCUGUUUAACCAGUCGUUGAACUGGGAGUGGGUAGCAACGAAUGCUGACUCACCAGGCCAGAUUUUCGAAUACUUCCCUGAAGUCAUUGCCACCGCUCUAGGCAUUGGGGGUAGGCAUCUCGCUUUGGUCGAAAUUUUAGUGCUGACACCUGUUAUAGCUUCGCAAGUGAUGAAUUACGACUUGAUCGUAUACGAGCCUUCUACCUACACUAGCGACAAGGUGGACACGCUUUCCAGCCUAAUCGCCAACCAAAAAUCCGUGUUUUACACCGGGCAGAGUGGAGGUAUACCCACAACGCUGGCGGCUUGUGUCGACCCUAGCUUAGCCCUGGAUGCGAUCGCCGGUCCUACACCAGGAGGAAGCUCGUCUAGUAGCUCAGGAGGAUCCGAUGUCCGCAAGGACGCUAUUAUAGGCGUCGUCAGUUCCCUCGGAACCAUCGCAUUCAUGAUUGUCGGCUAUGUUGCCUACCGUUCUUACAAGCGCCGCCAGGAAGCUGGGCACAGACCUUUAACGGAGGUGGUCGGUGUGCGCCCGGAGGGCCAGGAAUUCGAUCGCGACAGCGUUGGUGGGCCAAGAAGGCGAAGCUUCUAUUAUGCCGAAGACAGUUUACGCGGUUAUCAAGGCGUACAUCCAGAAGACGAAACAUACGAUCAUCGUGCAUCUGUCAUGAGAGAUCGUCGUCCUAUUAUUCCAGCCGCGAUCUCUACACCGAUCCUGCGUGAGAGCACCAUGAACUGGUGAUACGUCCCUUCCUUACCAACUGGUCUACCUCCAACUCCUCUCGUUGCCUUGGUUUGUUGUCAUUUGGGGCUAUCUUGUUGUCACCAUCGCAUUUUAGAUUCCGAUGAUCACUUGGUGCUAUCUUUAUUUCACCUUUUUCCUUUUGUCAUUCUCAUCAAUAUAUCCCUCUACCUUUUUUGCUUGAUUUCGCCUAUGACCGGGUUCCAUCCACCUCAGUAAUUCUAGCUGCGUAGUUACGUUGCUACAAUGUCCGCUGGUGCAUAGGUUGGUCGGCUGGCCAGCGGAGGCCGCUUUACAAACGCCUCUCAUGCACAUUUCUUUUUCUAAUACGAUACACCACGGGCUGGCCUGCUUCGAUUGUAUUGCAUUGCUUACUACCCCUGUCCUCUUAGUAGUGGGUCAUUCCUGUCUCCUUCCCUGCGCUAUACACUGAUGAUUGGACAUC